AUGGCAAAGCAGCUGACUGUGCCAUGUAAGUGCUUGCGUUGGAUAUCUGUCGCCUAUUGUGGUUGGAUAGUGGAUGAUUCUUUGGUUCAGCUCUUCCUUAACAACCGUAAUCUUCUCUCAGUGAAUCUCAAUGGCUGUGAAGGUCUCAAUGGAGCAGCUUUGCAGUCAGGACUACAAAAAAUUGAUGCAAGAGGCUGUUGGGAUGUUGAUGAUGAAACCUUCAAGAAUUUCUUCAUGAAGUUUCCAGGACUGAAGGAAGUUAGACUGUCCAGAGUAGAAGCAGUUUCAGAUAAUACACUAUACUUCUUAGCUCAUGGCUGCCCCGAGCUGGAGGUUCUGGAUGUGUCACAAUGUUGGCGUGUUAGUGAAAAUGGCAUUAAACAGGUCAUUGAGUACUGUAAAAGGCUCAGAGUACUUAAUGUGGAAGGUUGCAGAGACAUAUCUGAAACCUAUCUGUGCAGUUUGCAGAUCAAAAGAAUAAAAGUCAUCCCACAUCACAAUGUUUGUGAAAUUGCCAAGAAAAGAAGACGGGUCAACCAUCUAGGCAUCAAUAUUCAAAUCUAG